GUUCUGCAUGAAAAUCCCCUAUCAUCAUGUAAAACAGCAAACGUUACAGCUACGCUUGGGCUCGAUGCUGACUUGGUGGAGGUACAAAAGGUGGCACGCGAUUUUGCUCAAAAAGAAAUGUAUCCGAACAUGGCCAAAUGGGACAGAGAGCUAGCGUUCUUCGACCCGAAAUUCUUCCAAAAUAAGAGAGGAUAUCAAAUUAGGAUCAAAUUAGGUUUUGGUGCCAUAUAUUGUUCUGAUGAAUUUGGGGGCUCUGGAAUGAGUCGUUUACAUGCAUCAGUAAUUUAUGAGCAGCUCGCAGCAGGUUGUGUGUCCACCGCGGCUUACAUGAGUAUUCACAACAUGUGUGCCUGGAUGAUUGAUACCUAUGGAUCAAAAGAGCUCCGAGAAAAACACAUUCCUACUAUGGCGACUUUCGAGAACUUGUCGUCAUAUUGCCUGACAGAGCCGGAUUCAGGGUCCGAUGCUGCGAGUCUCCGCACAACAGCUAGACGUGAAGGCGACUAUUACGUGGUCAAUGGAUCCAAAGCUUUUAUAAGUGGAGCUGGCUCAUCAAAAAUAUAUGUGGUUAUGGUACGACACGAAGGCCAACCUGGUGCAAAGGGCAUUUUCUGCCUACUGAUCGAAGAUGGUAUGGAAGGGUUUUCACAGGCCAAAAAAGAGAGCAAACUUGGCUGGAAUACCCAGCCCACCCGUAUUAUUACCUUUGAGGAUGUUAAGGACCUGACAAUUACGGCUUCAAUAUUGCCAUGGCUGGCAUCAAUGGUACGGAAGCAGUUUGGUAAGCCUUUAUCGGAUUUUCAAUGGAAUCAGUUCAAACUGGCAGAAAUGGCAACGAAAUUAUAUUACGUAUCGCCCCGUCGCUCCCUUAUAAACUUCAUCCUUUGCGACAUUUUCUCAAAUACAGGGUUGGCUCUGCGCCUGUUACGAAGAAAGGAACCUAGUCCGUUCAACUGUGGACUGUCUGGCUUGACACUUUCUACAUGUGAUCCCCUUAGACAGAAACAUUUCCACGUUUUGCUAGUAAGAUUAUGUGUAGUCAAGGAAAUGAUGAGAAUGAUUUAUGCACAAUUCUAUAAUAUAUAUUGCUAUUACUUCUUCUCAGAGUGUCGAACGUGA